CCUAAGCUCGUGGUCUACUUUGAACAAUGGGGCGUCUAUGCGCGCAAUUAUACACCAGCUGAUCUCCCAAUCAGCAUCAUCGAUGAAGUAUCUUAUGCUUUCGCAGGCAUCAAGGGUACCUACCCUGACGACGUGCCCAUGCAUGAAAGUCUUUUGAUUGACCGCUUCGCCGACUUGGAGAAGCAAUUCCCCAACGGCGUCCCCUCUGUCAAAGGAAAAACACCUCCAUAUGCUGGCAACUUUGGUGAAUUCCUAAAGCUCAAGCAGCAUGGCAAUGCCUUCAACUUUUCCUUGUCCUUAGGUGGCUACACCGGCUCUGGAGCAAUCUCAGCAGUAUUGGCCAAUACGAAGCAGCGCAAGGACCUCCUUCAUCGUAUCGACGAGACGGUCCAGUAUUACGGAGACUUUAUGACAGGCGUCAGUAUUGAUUGGGAGUAUCCUGCUGGUCCUGCUGGCAUCAAUUACGGUGCGCCAAACAAUACCGUCUCGAAGGACGAUCGUAAGCACUUCUCCCAUUUUCUGCAUGAGUUACGCUGUAAGCUUGGCCACAACAAGUCCAUCAGUGUGGCUGUCACUGGUAAUGUUGCAAGAAUGGAUGGAUUGCCCUUCAAAGCGCUGGCAAAGCAUGUAGAUCAGGUCCAUCUCAUGAGCUACGAUUACGGCUCCUCUGCUUUCGGUGACACCACGACCGUGCAUGCAGCAAAUCUCUACAAGAGCGAAACAGGCACGACGCCCUUUUCAGCGGAUGAAGGUGUCGAAGCGCUUUUGAAAAACGGCAUCCAUCCUCAUCAGAUAUUCAUUGGCGUGCCCACGUAUUCUCGUGGUUUCGCCAAUACGGAUGGUCUUGGCAAGUCUUGUUCUGGCACAACAACAGAUAUGUCGUGGGAGGCAGGCGUUUUGGACUACAAGGCCAUUUCGCCUCAUCCGUCCUUCAAAGAAGCAUUUGAUGUGAAGGCUGGUGCGGGUUAUGCGUAUAGUGCAGAGAAGCGCGAAUUACUCAGUUACGAUACACCGGAAAGUGUACGCGCCAAGGCCAAGUACGUGGUGGACAAGGGCCUCGGUGGGAUUAUCGUCUGGGCAGCAAGCGGCGAU